UCGCCGCUAAAAAAAGUUAUCCGAGUUAUCGUAAAAGCUGCAAUUUACUAUUUAAUUAUUUUGUGUAACUAUUUACUUACGUGCAUUAGUUAAUUCGCGACAUCAAUAUAAAAAGUGCGAUUUUCAAUCCUCGUAAAGAAAUUUACGACACCCCUGUCCACGAUUCCCGGAAGCAAGAGAAGUCCACAGUGUUCUCCACUGCAACCAUUCGUCACCCAGAUAGUCCAGCUAUCUUUCUCCAUAUUCGCCGUACAUUAUACGCCCCACGUAAGAAUGGCCGGUUGCUCAGUCGGACACCGAACCUAUGCCUAAAGUACCGUCGAGCAUAGAAUUCGUAGACCCUAUGCCCACCGACGUAAUAAUGUGCGUAGGUAUACUUAUAUCUCUGCAUUAGGGGCGCGCGACGCGUAACUUAUAUCGCGUUAUACCCGCACGCACCGGCUAUCGAGCUCCUUUGUGCGGAUGCAAAAAUCUCACGCGUGGUGCUUUAUUGUGGGCUAGAAGAUUAUGCCUACUUUUCGCGUUCGCGACUCUUUUGAGCGCGGGUCGAAGCACUGCGCUUUGCGCGGGCGUCAUGUGCUUUUUGUGCAAGUAUUCAUUUUUUUGAAAAAUUUGUUCUUAUUUUCAUUAAUUUGAAAUUGUUCGCUUCGCUUGUUAUAGAUGACGAACAUGAUCAUUUUUUUCUUUUUACGUUCCCACGAUAUCGUAUCUUAUCUAUUUAUCUGAAACCUAACGAACGUUUCUUCGUCAGCUCCAUCCACAAUAUUAUUCUUUUCUUUGUGUGUAAAAAAUAAUUUGUAAUUCAGCGGGGCAAAAGGAAAUUCAAAUCAAAAUCCUAAUUACAUAGACUUCGCAUACCUCGAUCGGCGCCCCGCAAAAAUUAUGCGACAACCGCCAAAAGCCGCAGUCGUCGCCUGCAUUCCAACGGGGACCUCCAUCCAUCCAAAGCUGCAUCGCCUCCUCGUCGUCAUCAUCAUUUCUCUCUCGCAUUUUCCGGCUCCCAUGCACGCGCGCGCGCGCGUUACGUACGCAGUAAUCGAAUUUGCAUUCCCCGUUGGCGCGAUCGGCAUACAUAAAAAAUACGCGCUCGCGCGCGUGUGUGACAAAAGGCCUUGCUUGCGUAUACGAAAAAUCGUCCUUAUAGAUGCUCGCGGCUGCGAGAGGACUGUGUAGGUAUAUACCGAUCCCGCGGAGCGCGAUCGGUAUAUCACUUGUGUGCCCCGCGGGCGGCGUCUCUAUAUAUCGCCUUCGGUCCGGCGGCGCCUACUCGCGCUCAGUGCGUACCUCACUCCCACGGGGGACGAACGUCUCUCUCUCUCUCUCUUACUCUCGGCUAUCCAUUGUUCGUCUCUCGUCGUCGUGCUGCGCUGCACCGCGCGCUGUACCGGUCGAUUUUUUUCUCCUGUCACCGCUGCUGUCUCGAGAGAAAGAGCGAGAGAGAAAGAGAGAACGAGGAGAUCGGUAACAGUAUUCGGGAAUGUAAUAUGCAUUUGAGAAUUGCGGCGGUUUGUGCGCGAAUAAGCUGCUGCUGCUGGGGAGACGACGAGUAAGAGCAGAGAGCUGUUGGGCCAAAUUGCUUCGUUUCCAGUGAGAAGAUCGUAAUUCACAUGUCGCUGAAAAUGAAGGCGGAAGAGGUGAAGGUGGGAGGAUACCAGAUUCUCACGCUGCUGCUGCUGUCCGUCAAUCUCAUCAUCGUCGCCAUGAGCCAUGUAAUUGGGCUGUUCUACAAGUACACGCCCAAGUUCUACUGUCAGGAAACGGCAGUAGGCAGCAGUGACGCUGCGUCAUCAUCGGCACUGCUGCGGGGCAGUAGCUCCGGCGGUGAGCACGUGGCGAACCGCACGUAUGGCUGCGUGCCCUCCUGUCCGGGCGGCUACCUCUUCACAGGGACGCGCGACAAUGUGCGCAGCGUCGCCAUGGAGUGGCAACUGGUCUGCGAGCGCGAGUACCUCAUGCGGACGGCCACCGAGGUCUACUACGUGGGUGGUCUGCUCGGAGGACUCGUCGCCGGGAUCCUGGCCGACAGGAUCGGCAGACUGCCGGUACUCGCGAUGUGCCUCUACGCCCAGGGCACCAUGGCUGUCGCGCUUUAUGUUAUCCAGGAGUACCAGCUGUUCUUGGUAUUCCGAGGAUUGCAGGCAUUCUUCGUCCAGGGCCUCGAGAGCUGCACGUUCAUCCUGUGCAUGGAGCUCUUUCCCGCCAAAUUUCGAACGCUCAUCGCACUCGUAGUGCUCUCGAUGCGAGCUUUCGGUAUGGCCAUGCUCGCCGGUCUCAGUUACGCCGUAGCCGAUUGGAGGAUUCUCCAGCUGGUCGUCUCGGUGCCGACCGCCGUUACCGUCUUCUACAUAUGGCUGAUACCGGAAUCUCCUCGCUGGCUACUCGCUCGAAAGAAGCUGACGGAGGCCGAGAUGGUGCUCGACAGGAUAGCUCACUACAACGGCCUGAUCUGCGGCGGAUCGAGCAGGAGAGCCAGCAACAGCGACGAGUCGGAGGAUAAGCGCCGCGAAAAGCCGCAAAAGCCGAAGAGAAAAACGCGCGCCACAGUGGCGGCCGACGCGGACGGCAGUACCAAGUCGACGGACAUUGAGAAAUCGCUCGAGGAGUCCGAGAAUCUCUUGCCCGAUACGGCGCAGGCUCACGCUAGCGCAGAGGAGAAGAACGUCGAGGAGAUGAUAAACAUGAACCGAGAGCAGAAGAGCGAUCUACCUCCGGAGCUGAGUAUGGAGGAGAUCAACAAAGCCUCCCUGAUGGUGGUUGCCGAUGAGAGAAGUGCGUCGAACGAGAAAGCUCGAGGGGGAACCGGUCCGUCGUACCUGCUGGCAUCGAGGGAAGCGCUUUCGGGUGACAAAAAUCCGAACGCCAAGGCCGGAAUGGUCGCGAGAAAUUUCAUCAAGCGAUUCUUGGACUCAAAGUUCAUCGGGCCCAUAUGCGCCGUACAAAUGGGUCUGUGGUUCUGCUCGUCGACGGCGUUUCACUCGUUGGUGACUCUACCGAACAGACUGAGCGCCGAGAGACACGUUUCCCUGACUUUGGCAGCCGGUAUGGAGAUAGUCGCGUUCGUCGUCACCUUCUUGAUGGUUUCGUCCAGAUUCGGCCGUCGACGGCCGCUUUGCGUCGUUCAGAUCCUCGUCGGCGUGGCCGUUCUCGCGGUAGCUUUGUUAAUAGUCAUCACGCCCGAUGGCCCUACUCAGAAAUGGCUCGCGUACGCGAAGGUGGCAGUGGUCAGCGUUGGAAGAUUCUCGAAUAUCGCCUGCUUUUUCAUCCUCCGACUUGUGGUGAUCGAACUCUUUCCAACGAUUUCCCGGGGAACUGGACUUGGACUGUGCAUCGCUGCCGAGAUGAUGGGAGGCCUACUUUUGCGUUACAUAUCUAUGCUGAACACGCUUUUGCCUGAACUUUCGCGUUUCAUCAUCGGCCUCCUCUGCAUCUCCAUGGGAUCACUGUCUCUGCUGUUCCCCGAGACUCGGCAUGAAAUUUUGCCGGACACAGCGGCGGAUGCCAGAUCUUUGGGAAAGCGCAACAACGAAAGCGACGAUCCCGUCGUUCUGCGAGAAAAGCUGUUUUCCGAAGAUUGGGUCGACGCCGGCAAUGGGAUCAUCGUUAAUUUCACGGACAGUAAAAAUCCAGAAUGAUCGGUUCUGGAGGGUAUAUAAAUGACGAAAGACUAUUCCCGUGACUGUAAAUAUAUACUCAUAAGUAAUGUGGCUGAGAAACCAAAGUGUGUGCGUGAAAAAGUGUAAUAUAGACGUGUUAAGCGCUUUUUUUUCGAUUAAAGUUAAACGAGAAAGUUUUGUUCUUAGAUGAUAUGCGGAAUAUACCAACCAUUAUUCAAACCCAAGUUUCAAGCUGUUCAUAAUUUUGCUUGGCUAUUUAGUUCAGACUUAUAAAAUGUUUACUUAUUAAUCUAUAUAUUGAUUCAAUAAUACAAAUAUAAUGAAGCGCUGUUUCUUAACGUAUAGAGUACUAAUCUUAAAUAAAAUACUCUCCACGUAGACUUUAUAAAUAGUAUAAUAUCAAAGUUUGUAUUAUAUAUAAGCUUUCCCUACUAAUGUUUUUUAAUACCUACACUUUAUUAAUUAUUAAUGAUCUAUUUUUAUAACUUAUGAUAUAUUUCUAAUAUUAGUAAAAUUACACAAAAUUAAUUACUUGUUUAAAGAUGCUUUAUUUACUAGCAAGGUUUCAUUACGUUCCGUAAAAUAAAACAAAAUUAUAAAUAAAAAUGUAAGAAAUAAAUUCCUAACACCAAAUUUAAUCAAAAUUGUUCUUAUACUUUAUUAACAAUAACACAAAAAAUUAAAUAAUUGUAAUUUUUCAGAACAAAUGUCUGUCAACUUUCAAAAUCAUGGGGAACAUUUGAAGAUGUAUAUUAGAGAGAUCUUAUACUGUUUAAUAAAUAUAAAAACUGCUUUA